AGAGGUCACUGGGAAGCCCUGCCUUGGGCAAGAGGAUCGCUCUCUCUCUCUUUUUGGUGGGGGGAGAAAAAAGAAACAAGAGAGGCACACACCAAAGCCAGGACUUUCCCCUUCUCUGUUUGUCUCUGGGAAUGCUGGAAAGGCGCAGGAGAAGAGCAGCUCUGGCUGAUGCGUUGGCAGCCGUUGGUGUGUUGGUGUGCCAGAGAGUGAGUUGGGUCCCUUUGGCUGCUGCUUCUGCUGCUGCUCUGUGUCUUUGAUUGCCUCCUUUGGUGCUGAACCAUGGGCGUUUCGACCAGAGCGCUGUCCCUGGUGCUGACCGUCCUCUUGGCCUUGGCGCUGCCCAUCUUUUCGCAAAAUGAUACAGAGCCUAUCGUCCUGGAAGGGAAAUGCUUGGUGGUCUGCGAUUCCAACCCGGCCACCGACACCAAGGGCUCCUCGUCCUCGCCCCUGGGGAUCUCCGUGCGAGCAGCCAACUCCAAGGUUGCCUUCUCGGCGGUCAGGAGUACCAACCACGAGCCCUCCGAGAUGAGCAACAAGACCAGGAUCAUCUACUUCGAUCAGAUCCUAGUAAAUGUGGGAAAUUUCUUUACAUUGGAGUCUGUCUUUGUAGCACCAAGAAAAGGAAUUUACAGUUUUAAUUUUCAUGUAAUCAAAGUCUAUCAGAGCCAAACAAUCCAGGUUAACUUGAUGCUAAAUGGAAAGCCAGUCAUUUCUGCUUUUGCCGGAGACAAAGAUGUUACUCGUGAAGCGGCCACAAAUGGAGUCCUACUCUAUCUAGACAAGGAAGAUAAGGUAUACCUGAAACUGGAGAAAGGUAAUCUGGUUGGUGGAUGGCAGUACUCUACAUUUUCUGGCUUCCUGGUCUUCCCACUGUAAGGUCAGUUACCCAGUGACAUUCACCCAAGUGUGGACCAGUCAAUGCUUAUGUUCUUUGAAGAUCAUCUUCUCAUCCUCUGGAUUGAUGUUUUCUUUCUUGGUUUCUCAUGGGUGAAUAUGGAUUCUAUUGUCCAACAUUUGACCCUAUACGAACUCCUCUAGGAUUGCACCGAAGUUUGUGUGUUCAAAUACAGUACAUUUGGAUUAAGACUUAAAGCAGACAAUAAAUAUCUAUGCUUGAUGUUACAGAAUAAAGCUGCCUGCAAGAUUUAUUCUGAAUUCCUUUACAGGACUUGGAUUUUUGGGAGAUGUGGAUAAUCAUUAUCUCCCCCUAUCCUGAUUAUAUUUUUAAAAAGACUGGCAACCAGGUCUGUAAAUUAAGAAUCUUUGAGUUCUGUCUUCAAUCAAGAUUAAUACAUAGCUGCCAAAGAACUGUUCAUUGAUCUAUUAGUUAUAUAACGUCUUUGUUUCCCUCACUCUAAAAAUUAACAUAAAUUCAUUUUGUUCAGUUGGAAAGGAAUAGAUAAUGGUUAUUGAUAAAGGAUUGAGUUCAUUACUCCUCUUUGUACAGUGGGUGAAUCACUUAGAAGUUUUCCUUCAACUAGUUAAUCUCAAAAGAGGACCACCCUGCUGAACAUCUGUGAGCCGUGGCUGGAUGUUAUUUGCACACUGAACAAAUUUAUAUUCUACAGAAAGUAUUUUCUAGUAACAAGAAGAGAUUAUAAUGGUAGGAAAUAAUGCUUACGAAGGUUAAAUGGGAUUGUUUUGGCAAACCUCACUGGAAUACCCUUGCUCCAUAAGAAAAUUACACUUGUUCUUCACCUUUAAUUAACGUGAUUGAUAAUAACCACUUUGUUAAAAAACCGAAGGGAUUCAUUCCUUAGACACAGCUAAUUCAUUCGUCUGAGAUGGAAAUCCUGCCCCCUUGUUUUUAAUUAUGUCAGUUUCUCAAGCCUUCUGUUGUGUGUGUGGUGUCAUCUGGUUUUGCCUUAACUCCACAAAUGUAUAUAAUGAAGGUAGAUAUUGUGGGCUUUGUCCAGACCAAGUUAAGCACUGUACAGUGCAAUCCUAUGCAUGUCUACUCAGAGGCAAGUCCUUCUGAGUUCAGUGGGUCUUUCUUCCAGGAAUUGUUUGUAUAGGAUUGCAAUCCUAAAGUCUUACUGGUUUCAGUGGAAAAGACUUAAGCACAGAUGUAAUUCUUCCAUUGAAACCAGGUGGACUUAGAUGUGGUAACUUUUGACAGAUCAGCGCCUCAUCUGUUUAUCAAAUAUUCAGUCCAAAUAGCCAGUACCCAAACUUGGUGCAAUAUCUUUUCUGUCUUUUUGUAAAGGCCAUAUGAAUUCAUAAAUUUAUUUAUUAUGUUGCUGUUACAGAAUAAAAGUUAAUAUAUGUUAGUGUAUUUCUUAACCUUUGGGCUCCUAGAAAAGCAUCACCCUCCCCCUCUUUUAAAAGAUGCUAUCAGAUAGCAACUUAUCAUUUUAUGCAAGGUUAAAGAAUGUCCAUAGGAAAAAGUUUGUGGUUUUUCUUUUCCUCUCUCCCAAAGUACAGAAAGCAAUCAGUAUACAAAAAGCACCACUAGUUUCUCUGUGUGUUUUGAUGGACAAUUUAAAAAACAACAAAAAACCUCUCACGUAUUUUAAGAAUAAAUAGGAGUGUUGCUCCCCCCCAUUUCUGUUCCCUUAGUGUUACCCUGACCUACAACAGAAAUAUACAUGAAGACAGAUUCCACACAGAUCUAGUUUCACCAUGAAACAUUUUUCUAUGGCAAAGAACAAGAAGGAGCAAAUAACAAGACUAUAUUCCUUCCCUAUUCCUGGUACAGAAAUAAUCUGGACUAACAUUUGAAUGUAGUGGUUGCUGGUAAUUUCCAUGUUAAUGGGGCAGUGAAUCCAAAUUUUCAUCUGAACUUUAAAUGAGCUAUCAGAUGUGCUGAACCCAUUUUGGAGGAUAGUGUUCAGCACUUUGAAUAGUUCCUUUCAAAUGUGAACUGAAACCUGGAGUAAAUUCACCACCUCACUGACAUAAGAACUACCAACAACCACUAGUUGAUUUUUACUUUGGGCAAUGAGAUAGCCUUCUUCACUGCACAUGGGUCCACAAAUUGCAUUAGGGAGGUCAAGAUAGGACUAUGUGACAUAGGAGUUUAUCACAUGGCUUAAAAACCUGACUUAUC